GAAUUUCGUUUGAUCGUUCAAUGUCAUUUUACGACCUUGGCUCGACCUUGCGGUUGAUUAUUCUUUUUCUUACAGGAAAAAAACCCAGGAAAAUUGAUCGGUCAAUCGCGUUUUGCACCCAGUAUUUAUCUAGAUUUGCCUUCAAGGCAAGGGCAACAGAAGAAGAAGUUCAAGUUGUUCAGACCUAACCAUCUAGUCACGCUGACAGAUGCUCGACAGUUGUCUAACCAAAAAUUUGUUGAGACAUGAUCAGUGUUGAAAUUCAAACUCAUGUCCCUUUUAUUGUAAGGCUUUGAAGGUUAUCCAGAUUUGGUAUGGAAUCUCCAGCCAUUGUGGGUGUGCCUAACGUGAAGGGUCUCCGGGUCCGCGUCGGGGAUAUCGUAAGUCCGGCUCACUUGUGGAUCUCACCCUCGACUUACGACUUGGAACAAAGCCGCACGAUCCUGAAACCACUCUUGGAUGCGGGCCCUCGAUUGUCGAAUUUGUUUGCAACCGAUUCAGACCCUACUCAUUACGACACCGACGACGACAUUCAAGCUGGCCUCGUGGCUGUUCGUGCUCAGACGAAAAACAAUGGAGAGGUUUAUCGUGGGCGAGUGAUUCGUCGCUAUACCCGCCGAAAUGCAAUUCUUUGUGAUGCUUUCCUCAUCGAUAUCGGAGAAACAUGGACGGACUUGGACGUGAGAACGCAAAUUCGUGUCAUUCGGGAUUCCAGGCUGAUUCAAAUAGAGCCCAUGGCCGAAUCGGUCUAUCUUUACGGAUUAGCGCCCACAUCUCAGGAUUUAGACUACUCGCUCCCUCCGUCUCAAUCUUUGGUUCGCACCUUGGCUUCCCAAUGGAAUGAAGUGGCCUUGGAUUUAGUGACCAAGAUCGUGAGAUCGGCCACGGAUCUUCGUCUGAACCUGAUCAGUCAACCCCGUGCUGAAUCUUCGGAUAGCUUGAGUGGGGACAUCUAUUUUUCGAUCCAAGCCGUAAGCGAUCGGCGAGCCAUUUUGGCAUCACUUCAGCGCAAUUGUCCAGGCAUCUUGGCUCAUUUCUUCCGUUCGGACGAUUAUUACAGUCUCCGCCAACUCCUUUUGACCUUGAACUUUUGUGUUGAUCUCGGCGAUUCUCUCCCAAAGACCAAGAAAGUUGGAAGUCGGUUGCCAAAACUACCGGCAUCCGUACCGAAUACUCGGGUGGAUCCGAAUUCGGAAAUGGAUGCGCAGGACUCCAAUCCCAUUGAAUACGAUGUAGCCCCAUCUCAACAAGAUCGAUCUACUCUCGAAGAUUGGAUCACUACCAAAAACCUUGACGUGGAAGAGGACAUUUGGGAUGACAUGAAUGAGAUCACACCAGACGACGAUCCACUUUUCUCGCAAGACCAAGGUGAACAUGAAGUCGCCGAAAGCAGCCUUGUAGCGUCCAAGACAUCUUCACGUGGUCGUGGUGAUCGAAGAAAGCGAGCGGCCUUAGAAUUGUCGAAAACUUCAAAUGACUCGGAGGAAAGACCUGGGAAGCAGGCGAGUAUCCAAAAGCCACAAAUCCAGGACCUUUCCCAAGCAUGGAGCCAAGUUCGGAAAGAAUUGCCAAGGACUUCACGAUCCCCCGCAGGUUUCCUACAGCCCAGAAUGGCAGGUGGUGUGGAUGUGGGGAAAUUCAUUCAAGGGCUAAAAGAGAAGAUGAACGCCAAAAAGAAUAAACCUUCGCAGAGUGACGACGAGGUCUCUUCGUUUUACGACGCUCAGUCUCAAUUUGAGGGAGAGUCUGAGAGUGAAAGGUUCAGUUCGUGUCUUGAUAAGUUUGCCAUUCCUGAGCGAACCGAACCUGAUGGGUGCAAGAGCCACGAUUCAUCUGUGGCCAGUUCCAAAGUGAUCCCAACCACUCCGGAUUUCCCACAACCAACGGCACCAAUCUCCCCAAGUCAGCGCUUGGUAGCGCAGGAUGAAUCUGCCUCGUCAGAGCUGGAUCUCAAUCAUUCCCAGUCUUCCAAUGCAUCUUCGAAGCCUUCCACGGGUUUGAGUCUACUCAAAAGUAGAUUUCGCGAGAAGAAACUGUUCAAGACCUCAGCCGGUCCUUCGUCCCCUGCCAUUUCCAAUCAUCCCCCAUCCGUUGAGAUAUCGUUUGACGUGCCUUUAGAUCUGGAUCUGGAGACGCGUCUUCCAGAUCCCUUGGUGACUAAUCCCGCCGAUGUCUCGUACCCUUGGGAAACGAUCGUUCACAACCCGUUGAAUGCCCGACGGAAAUCCGUGUCACCUUGCCAAAAUGCCGCGGACAUCCGGAAGUGGUCCCGUGAAUUCGUCAUGUGCUUGGACCAAGCCCGCAUGGCCACGCCUACUGGGAUUCAAAAAGUGAUGUGGCCGCUGGUGGUGGACUUGAAGUCGGUGGUGGCCAUCGGCAAGAAAGAGGUGACCACAUGCGGGUACUUGAUCCCUCUGAUUUAUAGCUUGAGCAAUAAUAAAAAAGAUUACCCCGCUCCGGCUGAAGGGCCUUCAUGUGUGAUCCUUUGCCCGAGCCAUUCCGUGGUCGAGCGCGUGUGGAAGACCCUCAGAUGGUUGACCCAGGAUGUGCUUUUCGUCCGAGACGAGAUUCUCGUCAACGUCGUCUUUGAAAACGAACACAAAUUGACGGCACUCUUGGCCAAUGGCUGUGAUGUACUGAUUACCACGCCUCCGAGCAUCUUUAAGUGCGUUGAGGAAAUCAAGUCGACCAACUUCAUGCGUUGUUGUCAUCUGGUUUUCGAGGAGUCCGAUCUCAUCUUUGAGGAGUUCCAGAUGGAAGUCCUGGCCAUAAUGUAG